AUGACCAACAGUGACACUAGCGCUGGAAGUGGAGGCGCCCGUGAAGACAGCGAGUGGGGCUCAGACUCAGAGGAAGAAUGCUCAUGCAAUAACGAGAUCCAGACAAGUAACAGUGAAGUUAACGAAGAUUCCAAUACUGUGGCAACUAGCAUCAAUUUGAAUGACGGUGAGCUUUGCGAGCUCGUCACUCGUCUUAUUCAAGAGGAUCCUUGCAACAAGAAGUGCUUGAAGGGGAAAGCCAUGGAGUUGGAACAGUUUCUGUGUUCGCUAUCGCAAAUGACCAGCGGGGAGAAGAAGCAGAUCAUCAAACCGACGUUGGCAGUCCUCAAGAAGACGGAUACCGUGCUGCGUCAUCGGGAUCAUGGCCUACGUGAGCAGUUUAACUUUUAUCUGCCAUUGAUCGGACAAAAUGUGUCGAACGGCGUGGUGCAACUGUUACGGGAUAUCGACUGCUACGGUUACACGCUACAGGAAGCGUAUUAA